CGUUGAGCAUUUCCUCAAAUUGCAUAUGCCUUGCCCUUUCAGGACAGGCGAGAUAUUGCACAAGCUGGUGGCCCAAGGCGCGAAGGUGCUGCCGAAGGACAAGAAGACACAAUACCUUGUGCAAAAUUACCGGCAGCUUCACAACAUUUCGGCGGGGGGGUUGCUGUCAACAAAGACGACGAGAGUGCGGUUGUACCUUGCGGUUAUGAGGAACCACAACCGCCGGUUGCUGCUGGGAGGGAGCUAGUGGAGGCGCUGGUGCAGAAGGGAAAAGAAACUGCAGCGGCACAGGCGGCGGGAGAAGAUGGUGCUUCCACCACAAGGAUAGCUUCAAUGCAGCAAACGACCAUCAAGAGAUGGGUCGACAACGCGGCACAGAAGAAGUAGGAUGUUGCGUGGGCGGAGGCAAUGUUCAGAGCCGGAAUUGCAUUCCAAUUCCUGGAGUUCGACACCACGCAGCAGCUGCACAACGUGUAUCUCGAGGUGGCGAACGCCAGACCGCAGGUGAAGUUGCCGUCUUCGAAGCACAUUCGGACUGUCAUGCUCGAGUUCAUUUUCAUGCGCAUUCAAAAGCAAGUGGAGCCUUUGACAAAAUUUUGUGACGUCACCGGCUGCACUUUCAUCACGGACGGGUCUAACGAUCGGAGGGAGCGGCCUGUCAUGAACUUCUUAGCGGCGGGGGAGCAGGGAGCUGUUCUAGUGGCGACGGUGUACAUGGACGNGUUCUAGUGGCGACGGUGUACAUGGACGGCAAGAAGAAGACGGGAGCAGCGUUGGCGAAACUA